AUGAUCCAUCUACAGUUACUGUACCGCGUUCUUCUCACACUGUUGACAGUUUAUCAUAAUGUCGGAAAUUCUGGUGUUGGAAAGUCAAGUUUUAUCAACGCUAUCCGUGGUCUAUCACCGGAAGAUGAAGGGGCUGCCAAAGUGGGAGUGGUUGAAACAACAACAGAAAUAAAGGCAUACCGCCAUCCAGUAAAUAACAAAAUUACUCUAUGGGACUUGCCAGGAGUUGGAACUCCUACAUUUCCGCGAUAUAGAUACCUCAGUAAAAUAGAUGAAGAAAACUUUGAUUACUUUAUUUUCAUUUUCUCUGAAAGAUUUACGGAAAACGAUCUGUGGUUAGCAAAACAAUUUAAUAACAAAGAUAAGGCAUUUUAUUUCGUUCGAAGUAAAGUAGGGCAAGAUAUUGAAAACGACAAACGAAGUCAUCCAAAAAGUCACAACACAGAGUCAGUUUUAGCUGUCAUUCGAAACAACUGCAAUCAAAACCUAAAAUAUGUAAAUGUCAGAAAUCAGCGGGUAUAUCUAAUUGACAACUAUGACAUUGAAAAGUACGAUUUCAAACUACUCUCAUUAAAACUAAUGGAGGAUGCGUCAGAGCUGAAAAGAAAGUCCUUGGAAAGAGCAUUGAUUAACUUUUCCAAUAAACUCAUAAUUAACAAAAAGACUGACUUGCAUGGAAGGAUAGGUGCUAUUGCGUUGGCGUCCGGUUUGGCUGGCGCAAUGCCACUACCGGGUCUGGAUGUAGCAGUGGAUUUAUUUGCUCUUCUUGAAGAAGCACUCUAUUAUCGGAAAGAAUUUGGUUUGGAUGACGACUCAUUGAGCCAUUACGCAUAUUUAAAUGGUAUAUCAAAAGACAGGUUUACGCGAGAAGUCGGUCUCAAAAGUAGUCUAAUUGAAUACACUGCAUCUGGUUUGCUAACAUAUUUUGCGAAAAUUGGACUGACACAGGCUGCCUCGUACAAAACUUCAAAUAUUAUGAAGUACGUGCUACCAAUAUUUGGCAACAUUGCGAGUGGAAUCACAUCAUAUACAGCGACAACGAUCUGCCUUAAUAACUUGCUUGAUAUGAUGGCAGAGGACGCCAGGAAGAUAAAUGUCUAUGAACUUUAA